AUGUAGAAAACAUCAAAAUUUAUAUUGGAUCUCUAUAACAUUUUGGAAGUAACUUAAUAUUAUUUAAAGAUAGUGUGAAGAUUUCAUUCCUAUUAUUAAUUGGACUGAUUGUUGUAAAAUGUUUUACAUUUCAGAUAACUAAAAAUUUUAAGAUAUUGUUAUGAAAUAAUAUUUUAAAACUUCAAAUAUAUAAUCAUUUUAUAGAUAAUUAAGGUUAUAUGGUUUUAAAAUAAAAAGAAAUUCCAACUUUUAAAAAGAAUUUCAUCACAAAUAUUUUGUUAAAGGAUAAUAGUAUACAAAAAAAUAUUUAUUUUCUUUAGAUAAAAUCUAUCUAAAAUAUAAAAGGGUAAGUCUUCAACAGAUGAAAAAUAUGGAGAAAUCUAUAAUGUGGAUUAAAUAAUAAAGGAAAAUCAAGAUUUAAAAUAGUAACUUAAUUAGAUGAUACUAUUUUAGAAAAAAAUAAUGAAAUAAUUUGAGAUUCAUUAAACUAUUUAAAAAGCUAUUGUAAAUAAAAUGAUUAAAUUAACUAAUGUAAAAGAUAGAUGUUUAUUGUUAGUUAUUAAAUAAUGAAAGAAUUCAUCAUACUAUUCUAAAUGAAAAGAAGAUAGAGAAUUUUGUUAAUUUAAUUGAUGGAUUUCAACCAGAAUUAUUAGUUUUAAUAAUUAGAUUCUUAUUAAAAAGGAUUGAUCCAAAAACUCCAAUAAAUGAAAUUUAAUAUUCUCCUACUCCAUUUCCAUUUAAUACAUAAAUAUGA